AUGGCAGAUGAAGUAAAUGGAACAGUGCAUCCUAUUUUUAAACGUGAUCCAGAAGAAUUAAUGCAGUACCUCAACAAACAAGUCAGUGUUUUAAAAGAAGAUGGUAAAGAGGUUACAGGGUGGGUGUACACAAUUGACCCUGUAUCAGAGAGCUUUGUUCUGCUGUCUUUUAUGGACGACAAAACCCAGCUGGACAUUAUAAUGGGACCCAGUGUCAGACAAGUUUCUAUUCUGGACGAGAACUCUGAAACCUACAAGAAAAGAAUCGAAGCCCUGUUUAGACCUCCGGAAGUUCAGUCUCUUUCGGAGGAAGAACUGGAGAAAAAGAAAAAUACAUUAAAAAGUUGGCUUUUGAAGAAUCGUUUACCUGUGCAAGUAAACGGAAAUAAUGGAGAACGUUUGUCUAUUUCUGAUGCACUGUUUAUUGAGCCGCCUUAUGAAGCAGAAAAUUGUCGAAGUACAAAUGAAAUUAUCUUAGGUAGAAUUCAGGGUCUCAUUAAAAACAUGCCUUCUGAUCAAGAAGAAUGGUGCUGAAUUGAGCAUGACUUUGUGUGUUCUUGUUUAUUUUUUAUCUCAAUAUUUGUACAGUACCAUAAAUUCUUGAGUACAAUGUUUUACAUGUACUUGUAUUUUCAAAUCAUCCAAUACACUCAAAUCCUUAUGACAUUGACCAACAUUAUCAAUAAAAAUCAUCACAAUAUUAA